CUGUUUCACAGUCUCUUUAGCCUGAAUGUUGGCCAGUUCCGCGACACAGUCAUUUUAUUAGCCUUAUGAGAGAAAACUUCAUAUGAAUAACACAUGGGACUAUUUUUGACUUGACAUCUGCUACAAGAAAACAUUCUGGGUCUGUUAGAAUGCUGCUGGAAACACAUUUACCAGUGCUUGACCUGAUAAGCCAAGACUGGAGUCAAUCAUCUUUGAGAAUGUUAGAAAACAAUCUUAAAAUCAAUAGUGAUGAAGAAAGUGGACAGGUACCACAGACGUUUGUUCCUAGGACAAAUUCUGCGAGUAAUCCGAUGCAACAGACUCAAGGCACAGCUUUAGGUCAUUACAACGAUGAGCCAAACAGUUCCAGCGAAUCAGAAAGCAGUUCAGGAUCUGACUCUGAGGUCGGAAUUUGCUCAAGUGACACCAAUAGCGGUAAACCUUCACUUGUCGCUAUGCCUGAGCUGGGGCAGACCGCAAAUAGUAAGUGGCAACUUGACAAAUGGUUAAACAAAGUGAACACAGAGAAAAAUGACACCACCACUGUGAACAAAAAUGGCAAUUAUGGACUCAGCAACUAUCAGUUACAUUGUCGACAACAGAAUGAGAACCAAGAAAGGGCAAAAAAUCCUUUACUCAGUCAAACGGACUUCAAAGACCAAGAAAAUCAAACUCUUGAUGGAAAAAACCAAAGGUCUAGACCUGCUCUCAAAACUAAAUGUUGUAAACAAAUGUUACUGGCUGAUAAUGAAUCUGCCGCUGAAAGAAAGUUACUUUGCAAAGAGCAAUCCAGGAAGACAGUAAAAAUGUCAAUUGAAGAUGAUCUCAGUUUGCUGAGCUCAGAGAAUCAAAGCAUGAUUUGUAAUGAAGGAGGAAGCCAGGACUUAAGUACAUCUGACCAAGACAAAAUCAAACCUCCUGUCAACAAAAUAGAGUUUAAAAGAGAACAGGAGACAGGUACACUUUGUGAGAAAAUCAAGUACAGGGAAAUUGGUAAAAACGUACCUAAAUCUGGAGAAUUUGUUGGAGCUGAAUGUUUAUUAUCCUCAAUCUUAUCAGGCUCAAGACUGGACUCUGAUAAUGAACAGUACCUUCAAAUCAAAUAUCCAUUAACUUCUGUUUCACCAAAAAACCACAAAGUUAAUGACUACAGCAGCGGUGUCAGCCGAGUCAGGAGCUGCAGUGCAGUCAACUCUGUCAGUGGUACGAUUAAUGAAUCAAACAAAGACUCAGAAGAGCAACUGUUUGCUUUAGUUCCUUUUGGUCGAAAUGAACUACUUUCACCUUUAAAAGGCAGUGGAGAGAAUGAGGAACUCAAGUCUCUCUGGGUAAAAAUAGACUUGACACUCUUAUCUAGAAUUCCUGGACAGUUAUCCAAACAGUCUCUAAUCCAAAAAAAUGUUGCUGAGGGAAUUUGGAAUAUCAGUGUCAAUAAAGGUUGCAGUUCUUCAAGGGAGAAAUUACCAACAAGAUCAAAAAGGAAACGCAAGUGUGAAAACAGUAAUGCUGACAAGAAAAGUAAAAGGAACCAUUUAGACAACAAACAUCUUAUUGUGGGACUACCCUCUACUGACAACUGUUCUGCAUCAAGUCAGAAAGCUACAUCUAUCAAUGAAUUAUCCAAGCAAACAAAUGGGACAGAGAAAAUAAUUCAUCCCUUUCUUUCACCAUUACCUGGAAUCUCUAAUCAGAAGCACCCCAAUGAAAUCAACACUACCGCUGGAGGAGGCAAUGAUACUGUUUUACCUAGCAACUCCUCAUUAUCCUUACCUUCCUUAAGUUGGAAAUCUGAGUCUAAACCACAGAGAUGCUCGAAAGACUCCAAUAAAGGCCUCCACAUUAACUCCAACAGCAAUCAACUUUGCAAUAGUCAAUCAUUUCAAACACCUCAAGAAAAUUCAUGGCUGGCGACUUCAAAGUUGCAAAAUGAUUCCUGCAGACCUAGGCUUGUUUUUGAUGACAACACGCAACAUAAUGCUGACUAUUACAUGCAGGAGGCAAAGAGAAAGAAACACAAAGCUGAUGCUAUGGUGGAAAAGUUUGGAAAGGCAGUGAAUUAUAUAGAUGCAGCAUUAUCUUUUAUUGAAUGUGGCAAUGAAAUGGAACAUGGACCGCUUGAAGCCAAAUCUCCAUACAUGAUGUAUUCUGAAACAGUGGAACUCAUCAGAUAUGCCAUGAGACUGAAGAUUCAUUCAGAUGUAACAGCCACUCAAGCAGAUAAGCAGCUAGCUGCUUUGUGUUACCGUUGUUUGGCACUUCUUUAUUGGAGGAUGUUCAGACUUAAGAGGGACAGUGCAGUUAAAUAUUCUAAAGCCCUGAUUGACUAUUUCAAGUGUAACAGAAAGGAAGUGCUAACCAGUGGUAUUGCACAUACUAAUAUGCAUCAGAAGGAACUGAACACACAUCAGUACUGCAGUUGUCCACUUAAACUCAAAUACACUCGUCAUUGCUGCAAUUUUAGGAAAAAACAGGACUCUGGUGAAACAGCUAAAAGUUCAAACCUUUGGGGAACCAGUGAGACGUAUAUUAGAACAUCUACGCCAAAGUUGUCUACGCUAUCCCCUGUUACUUCUGCUGGAUUGCUUGAGAGCCGUUCCAGUAACAGUGGAUCAUCCCCCUCUUCAACCAUUAAUAUUCCACAGCGAAUCCAUCAGUUGGCUGCUAACCAUGUCAACAUCACCAACAGCAUUCUCUACAGUUAUGACUACUGGGAAAUGGCUGAUAAACUGACUAAGGAAAACAAAGAAUUCUUUCAUGAUCUUGAUACACAGAUGGGACCCAUAACACUACAAAGUAGUAUGAAGCAGCUCGUUCGUUACACUCAACAAGGACUGCAUUGGAUCCGAAUCAGUAGUCACAUGUUGUAGUGCUUUUUAUGUAUGAUCACAUUCCAUGAACUUUCAAUUCUAAAGUGCUGAAUUGCUAGUUAAUGCAGAAGGUGUCCUGAGAAAAUUGAAGGAAAUUUUUGCUGUGGAAUUUCAUAUCAUAAAUUUGAUACUUCUUUAAUGUUAAAGAAUAUUAGGCUUCAGCCCACGAAUUUGGCAAGAGGUCAAAGAAAGAUCGGGUCAAUUCUAUUUAGCAUUCUUUCCUUUUGUUUUCCCCUUUCAGCAAUUUAGUGCAUUCACAUCUAGAAAUACUAUUGCCGGCUUCUGCACAUUACAAACUUUGGGCAACAAAAGAAUCUAUUUUUGCCUUGACUGUUCAUAAAUCUUUAUUGUCAACUGCUCAUGUAUUUUAAACCUUAUUUGCUUUCUCAUGUAGGUUUCUACCUUUUAAGGUACAUUAUAAAGUAAAUCUGAAUUAAUAUCAUAUCAUGUAUUCACAUUUUAUAAGCAAAAAGUAAAAAAGGGUAAGUGCAAUUUAUGACAACAAAUAAUAAGUUAAUUAGGAGACCAUUUAGGUUAAGGCUGUUGAUGGUGUCAAUAAAGACAGAGGUGAAAUCCCUGCUGAGAAAAAAUAAAAGCUGUCUAAGAAAUAUUGGUCAGAGUAUGUGUUGUAAUUAUAACUAUGUUCUUAAGUUUACUUCAUGAUGGUUAAAAGGGUUUUCUAGGAUUCAGAUUUUAAUUGAUCAUUUUUGAUUUAAAAUUCUGCUUCGUCGCAUGCUAUAACAUUUUAUCGGUAAUGUUGUGCUAUUUCAAAAACCAAGUGAAAGAUAUUAUUCUAUGGGUUAGUUGAAAACUUCGGGGCAUUGUUUUCAGAGCCAUAUAUGUCUCCCACAAACUUCAUAUUGCAAGAACAUGCCCCAUAGACAAGUUGACAUUAUGGAAAUAUUCCAAAUGACCCAUCUUUCUGUCUUCAAUGCAGUCUCAGUUGAUCAGAAUGUG